UCUAUUCUCUGACAGCGCACAGUCUCUAUUGCAUGGCCUCAAAAAUCGCCGUUGAUUACGGGGCUACCACCGACGCUCAAACUCCGACCUCGCCGCCCCCUUCGCCGGCCCACCGCCACUCUCGGCGGAAGCUACAGCUCCACUACCGCAGGCGAGGCGGGUUUCUCUUCUCCAACCGCCGGAUUCUUCUCCGGUGCUCACUGCUUCUCCUGCCACUCCUCUACUUCUCCGGCCUGAUCAGCUGCCUGCGCCCCCUGUUCUCCCUCUUGCACAGUCGUUCACCGCAGGGCGCCGUCUACCGCAGCCACGAGAUCUUCCGGAGGCUAUGGACCGACAUUGAUGCCGACAAUUCUUCUACUGUUGAGUUGUCACAUGUCUGGAUAUACAAAAGGAAGCUAAGAGAGCAAAGGCAUUGCUCAAACACUUCUGCUGCUCUGCGUCUAGUGUCUUCAGAGUCAUCCAAUCUUUACAUAAUUAUUGAGGCUAAUGGUGGCCUUAAUCAGCAAAGAUCAUCGAUCUGCAAUGCAGUGGCAGUUGCUGGGUUAUUGAACGCAACACUGGUCAUCCCUCAUCUUGAAUUUAACAAUGUUUGGAGGGACUCUAGUGAGUUUGCUGAUAUUUAUGAUGAAGACCAUUUCAUUUCCACCCUUAAAGACUAUGUCGAAGUGGUCAAAGAAUUGCCUGCAGAAUUGAUGGCAAUAUAUGGGUACAACAUCAGCAAUAUCCCAAACAUUCAUGUCCAGGCUUGGGCACCUGCCAAUUACUACUUGGAAGAGGUCUAUCCUUUCUUGCUUGAGGAACGGGUUGUUCGUAUUUCUCCUUUUGCAAAUAGAUUGGCAGUGAAUGUGCCAUCUCAUAUUCAGUUCUUGAGAUGCCUAGCUAACUAUGAAGCUUUGAAAUUCUCUUCUGCUAUAUCAAUCCUUGCAAAGAAGUUAGUCAGCCGAAUGAUUGAGAAGAGCUCCAGUUUUCAAGGGAACUAUGUGUCCAUUCAUCUUCGAUUUGAGGAGGACAUGGUUGCCUUCUCAUGUUGUGUGUAUGAUGGUGGAGAGGCUGAAAAAGCUGAAAUGGAUGCAAUACGUGAAAAAGGAUGGGGAAACAAGUUCAAGCAAAGAGGUCGUGUAGAUUAUCCUGGUCUGAAUCGUAUAAAUGGAAGAUGCCCUAUCUCCCCCUUAGAGGUAGGAAUGAUGCUUAGAGGUAUGGGAUUUGCCAAAGACACUCCAAUUUAUUUGGCUUCUGGGAAGAUUUACCAAACAGCGAGAAAUCUAGCCCCUCUUCAAGAGAUGUUUCCCCUCCUACAGACAAAGGAUACACUUGCAACCACUGAGGAGCUUGCUCCAUUCCAGAAUUACUCAUCAAGGUUAGCUGCUCUGGACUAUAUGGUAUGCUUGUUUAGCGAAGUGUUUGUCACUACUCAAGGAGGAAACUUCCCUCAUUUUUUGAUUGGUCAUCGGAGAUAUCUCUAUAAUGGGCAUGCCAAAACUAUUAAACCAGACAAAAUCAAGCUUGUCGCUUUACUACAGAACACAAGCAUAAGUUGGAAUGAUUUCAAAGAUCAGAUGGGAUCAAUGCUAGCUGAGAGUGAUCGCAAUAGCAUCUUAGUACCGAGAGUGAAGAAGUCUUCAAGAAAGGAUUCAAUCUACUCAAAUCCUCUGCCCGAAUGCAGUUGUCUCUGGGAAUCACACAGGUCAAACGCUCUAAAGGGUUCAUACCUCAUGGUAAAUCAAUGAUUCUCAUCCUAUGAACAUCAGCAUUUGUUUAUUUAUGCUUUCUCCAGGUAGUGUUAAUUGCUAUCUCGUGUGUCUCUGUUGAAAGUCAUGAACACAAUACACAGAUAACUGUUUGGGUGUGACUGACGCAUAGUGCAAGGCAAUUCUCCGGGCACUAAUUUAAGAUAAGAUCUAUGAAACAUACCCUCCUUAUAGGUUUUCUAAAAUUAGAGAUAUUGGUUUGUCUCAAUAGAUGAGAAUAUGAUGUUUCUCCUAGUGGAGAUUGCAGAGGGAGGAAUAUUUCAAGGUCUGAACAUUCGUAUUUCCUUCACUGCAAAACUUUGCGCAGUUUAAGAAUAUGAAAUUCGGGUAGAUUGUAUUGUUAGAAGUUUUUACUCU